GCCGCUUUCAAUAUUCGAUCGUGAAUCUUAGAUUUCUAUUGAUCCAGAUUUUAUCCGAUCCGUCGAUUGAUGUUGAAUCUGCAUUUCAAUAAGCCGAUCUCGUCUCCAAAUCCAUUAGAAAAAAGGGAUUGGUCAUAAAUUUGCGCCCUCCUUAACGUUUUGUUUUACGCAUUUGCAGUAAAAGAACAUCAGCAAUUGUUAAUGAGUAAAAUGGUGUUUGCUUUCUUAUAGCUAAUCUAUUUUAUGUAUAAUCACAAGAAAUUGCAUACACAGUAAUAAUAAUAAUUGAUUGCAAAGUUGCAGCGGUAAAGUACUAUAACGUUAACGUUAGAUUAGUAACAUACGUUUUGUUGAAGAGGAACGGAACGUCAGUCAAUCGCAAACGUCAGUCAGUCAGUUUGACAUUGGCAAAAUUAACUUAAAUUAUAUUAUUAUAGUCUCAAGUUUGUUUGUUCCUUGGAAAGAAGAAAGUUAAAUAAAAAAUGGAGUCAGAGGCAGAAACUAGUAAAACUAAACCUCUUUCGAAGGAAGAGACGAAAGGGCUGCUCUCCUUAAUUGAGGGGAGCAAGAUAUUGUAUAACAAGAAGACCAAUGCCACCAGUAAUAAAAUGAAGAUAGAAGAAUGGACACGGAUUGCAGGGGUCUUCAAUGCAAAUAUAGGCACCUGUCGCCGUACACCACAACAACUGCGUCUUAAGUGGGAAAACUUGAAAAAGAAUUCGCGAAAGCGCAUUGGUCUCAUGCGGAUGGAACGGAUAAAGACUGGAGGUGGGCCACCAGGGUACUUUCCUCCAGAUGAGAUCCUGGACAGGGUAGCAGCAUUACUGGGCAGCACUGGAGAGGGUCUCACAGUGAGGUUUGGUGGUGAUGCUGAGCCCCAACUUAUUGGUGAUAGUGAUGGUGAUGGGAGUGUUGGGACAGCUUAUAUUGUGCCAGCUGAUCAUCCAAUGCUAUUGAUUGACACUCCAUUGCCUGUGGAAAAUCCUACGCCGUCCAUGGAUUAUACAUCUGUGUCCAUGGGCAAUGAAGUGCCAGCCAAUGGCAUUGGGGAUGAGUUGGUGUCGCUGGGUACGCCCAAUAUCCAUUCCAUUGAAAAAAGGAAUUUCAAAACUAGUGGUGGUGUUAAGCGGAAGCUACUGAAGCCAGACAACGGGUGUCAAGCUCGAAACAAGGCAUUGGCAGAGUAUUAUAACAUUAAAAAACAAAUGUUAGAAACUAAAAUGAGAGAGAAGAAUGAAACUUUAUUAUUACAGAAUAAAAACUUAACGCUAGUAAAUGAAAAAUUAGAGUUAGAAAAUGAAAAAUUAAAAUUAGAAAUAAGGAAGCUGAAGGGUGAGGAUUUUUAA